CUCACCCCUUCCUCCCUGCGUUUAAACAACUCAGCCAUAAAUAUAUUCCCAACAACCCUAAUUGAUUGUGAAGGUACCUAUUAAAGAGUCUGCAGACAUAUUGAAGAGGAAACCAUCAGUAUGGACAAUAGUCCUUCACCAUCAAGGUCGGAAGGGAUACACAAGGUAAACUCCAUUGAUUCAGUAAGCUCUCGAAGCACCAUUGAGCGGCAAAAUUCUGGGCGGGUGAGGUACUGUAAGUGCAGGAAUGGAAAUGGAGAGCGUGUGGAGGCGCGACUGUGGACUUCGUGGACGGAUAAGAAUCCGGGGAGACGAUUCUAUGGGUGUUCAUAUUAUGAGAAGGAUGGCUGUGGGUUUUUUGAGUGGCAUGAUGAUCAGUUAACAGAUAGGACGAGACAUGUUAUCAAUGAUCUAAAAAGGGAAAAUAGAAGACUACACAGUACAAUAUUGGGACUGGAAGAGGCCAUUCGUGCAGGAGAGCAAUUUGAGAAACCAUCACUCCUUGAAUAUGAUGAUAACUCAAGUGAAAAGUUGAAGUUUCAAGUUCAAGAGAUGAAUAGCAGGAAGGUUGUCAAAAAUCUGGAAUUGGACAGGGGAGGAAAUAUGAAUAGGAAUUAUGUGAUUUCAAUGGUGUUGUGUGCCCUUGCUGUAAUGAUAUGUUUUCUUUUAAGUUAGUUGAAGUUCUUAAUUGGUGUUGUAACCUUAGAAAGAAGUGAUUGAUAGAACAAAGUUGUUCUUUUGUGUUGUUGUACUUGGUCUACUUUUGGUAUGACUGAUAUGGGUUGUUUGUUAGAAUACUUUGGUACUAAUGAAGUGAUUCAGUUUUGUUAUAGCAGUAAUAAUGUAGUAAUUGUUUGAUUGAGAGGUUAGUCUUGUUAUAGCACUUAAUAUAGAGGUGUUGAGCUCCAUAAAAAAC